AUUUCCAGCGCGGUUGUUUCGGGCUCGUAACUAAGGCAGCUCUCUCGGCGUUUUGACACAGUGACAAUGUGCUCUUCAUCUGACGUAUUUUUCGGUGACGAUUUCAAUCACAAUCAGUGGAACAGCAAAUGCGAAGACACUUGUCAUACUGGUAUUGGUUAUUCUGGCAAUUCAGAGAAGGUAUGUACCGAACUAUUAUUAGGGUGUUCUGGUUUUUUUUUACUGGUGUUUAUCAUUACUCUACCGGUCUCAGCAAUAGUCGCCGCUUAACACAUUAGUCACUGUGACAAAAAUAAAUUGGCGCAGAUGUCGGUCUUACAGUAGGGUUAGCUGUUUGUUAUUGGAAAUCCAGUUGUGAAUGAAUACGUGUAUUUAUAUAUAAGUUAAUGUGUGAACGUAACUUGGUCGCUGACAGACUUUUAGCAUGUAUGUUCCAGAUGAAUCAGUGAGUACACACGAAAUCAGAAUCAAGGAUCCGUAGCUACUAGUCGAGUCAUGUAUCAUCUGAUUUUGCAACGUCAAGUGGGGACGUUGUAUAUCACAACUGAUAAUGGUACAGACGGAUUCAUUCGUUAUUUCCCAUUAGAUCUUGAUUUUCAGGAUUUCUUGCUGAACACCCUGUCAUUGUUUUUCUAAACUGUAUUCGCACUAUCGUUACUACUUUUAUUAUUGUGCCCCCUUUGUUGUUCAUCUUAGUUUCAACUCGUGUUGACUUCACCCGAUUGUUUGAUAUCGGAUUGUGAUGCUUCUCAAUGAAUUCAUUGUACAAGUGUGUGGAUGCUGUUUGUGAAAUCCGUAAUUUCCUACCACAGAGCACAUCGAGUUGUUUGCAGUGUACGGAGUAAUUUGCUUUGGUAAUUAACUAGUACUAACCACAUUCGGUGUUGAUUUACUGUGCCGUUAUUAAAAUAUGGACUGGUUAAUCCAAGGAAUGUUCUCAAUCGCACACUGAGACAUUCUAGUUUUUCUGAAUCCGAUGAACCAACGAAGUGUGAAUUACAAGAGGCUUUAUUGAAUGCAGUUGGUCAACUGGAUCGUUUAAGAAAACACCGUAUAAAUCAAAAAACACGUAUUGAUAAAUUACAAGAACGAUUAGAUCAUAUGGGUACUGAACUGGAUUCCAGUGUAGAUACUAUUCGUCAUCAUCAAAGAAAUUAUGAAGCACAGAAACGUAGAACUACUAUGGAGAUUACUCAUUUACGUAAUCAAUUAGCUAAAGCAACUGCUUUAUUAGAACAGUUGAAAUUAUUCUUCAGUAAAACAAAUGUGAACACUAGUUCUUUGGACCACAAUAUGCGAGGUUUGUGCUUUAUAAGAUUUAAAUGUGUUGUAAUUUGUUUGUGUCUAGUGACUGAUUUGAUCUCACGCCUAUCUGUCUCUUGCUUUUCAAUUGUUAGUUUAUUGUGUUAAUCUCUUAUCGUUAGUUUAAUGAUAUGAAACGUUUAUUAUAGUGUUUCCUUACCGACAGAUAAGUAAUCUAAGUUGUGUCGUCUUACUCAUAAGAGAGCUUGUAUUCUUCUGUGUGUUUUUGUAAUAAUUUUGUCAAGUUUAUUCUUUUACACUAAUGAUUCCUCCGUCACGCGUUUUAUUAACUCUUUUUAUUUGAGCAUUUUGAAAUUAUUGCUUACUGGAACUGUCCCAGUGCGUUGAUGUGACACACUUAGGGGUUAAAGCAAGGAAUAAAAGAAACUGAAUAACUAUAUGUUACUCCAUGUAUUGGGUUUUAAGUCAUGCACUAUAGACACUCACGAAAUUGUGUUUCGAUAUACAGUUGCAGAUGUAUUUAAAUACAACCAUAUGUAAUUUCUGAAAAACCAAUUAUUAUGUAAAUUCGACGAGAUGAUAAUAUUUUGUAUUUCAAACAAUGCGUUGUAGUACUCAAUAAAUGAUCUAUCAACAGUUUGUAUUUGCUAAUGCGAUCACCUCUUUUGAUCUUAAUUAUUUGGACAAAUAUAUUGGCUGAUUAAGCUGAGAAUUCGCUUGGAAGUUCAGACGUAUGUUGUGAUUGAGAAUUUACUAAGAAAUGUACACACAAAUAAUGAACUGCAAGAUGUAGAUACUUUAAGUAUCGACGAUUUAAAACUGAGAUUAUCUAUUGCUCAAAAUGAGCUUACUCAAUUGCGAUUAGAUAUGGCACGUCAAAGAGAAGAUGAUGAUCGUGAGGCAUCAAGACUUCGGGGUCAGUUAGCUGAAGCAAAUUCAAAUGCAAGAGCUUUACGGAUGCAGUUAAAUCGCCUUAUACCACAAAGCAUUUCUUCAAGCAAACUUAAUAGUUUGGUGAAUACAAACUCAUCCGAUUCCUCAAGCUGUACAAAUUGUCAAAAACUUCAACGUCUCAACGAUGUUUUACAACGUAAACAAUCUAAAAUGAACCCGUUUCCUGAUUUAAUCGAUCAUCAAGGGAAUAUAAUAAAUCAUCAGAAUUUUGUUUGUGAGGACAGUGCCUUUAAGAAGAAAGCAAUACACAAGCCACACUUUAUGAACAGUUUCGUUCAAACAGAUUUGUUGAAUGAUAUUCCCGCAACUGAUUUUAUCCAAAAGGUUGAUGUAGCUAUUGACCCUAUUGGUGGAUACGAUAACAUCUCACCACAUCUCCCGGUUGAAAAUUGUAAAUAUGUUCAAACGGAACCAUUCAUCAUAGGCAAUGACAUAACUUCAUGCGAAACUUCUUCAUCUGGUGUAAUUUUGGUUGAUGGAAGUUUAAAACAUGGUAGUGUAAACGAACCAAGCAACCUAAGUGAGGUUCAGUUAAAUAACCUUCAUGUAUCCAAUAAAUCGACACCAGUAUCAUUAAUGGAAAACGACAAUGAAGCCGCAAUAAAUAGUUAUCGAAAUUCAAUGCUUCAUUCAAUUGGUGAAUUAAAGCAUGAUAACUUGGUUAACCCGAGCCAAAGUGUUAAUGAAGAUUCGUUACAUUCUCAGUUGUUACAGCGAAUAAAAGUAGCUGAGGAGGAAGCGAUUAUGGCUAUGGAUCAGUUGAAGGCAAGUAAUGCAGAGUUUCUUACUUUAAAAGAACGCUUAUGUCAUGCAACUGUAGAACGUGCACAUUUAAAAGCAACCAUUGAAGGAUUGGAUGAACAGGUCGCGUUACUUGAAGACUCUUUGUAUGAGCGUACACAGGAACUUCGUAGAAGUCAAAUACUUCUUGGGAAAUAUUGUCCAACAUCUCAAAAGCCUGUGACAUCAUAUUCUGUUGGACCUGAAGUACCGACAUCGGAAAUAUUUAUUAAAAUACAUGAACCAAACAAUAAUUAUACAGGCGAAUCAGCAGUUGUUAAUUUGAGAGGUGUUGUUCAAUCUUUUGAACCUACAGAAUCAUUUCUACGUUCUGUUCCCAUCAGAUUUAAGUCGUUACAUCAAUUAAUUAACCUAAAGGAUUGGCUAUCUGUUUUAUUGAAGCAGUUGGUUGUACGUAGUCAACAACUAACACCCGGAAUGUCUAGUGGUAUAAGAUUUACUUCAUUUCGUCUGCGAAGUCAACCUAGACCUAAAGCAAUGUUUAUAUUCUUGACUUAUUUCUUUUUUGUACAUCUAAUGCUAUUACAUUGUUGGUUAUUGUAAGUAUCUUUGUAUUUUCUUCCUCUUUCUAUCACUAUUCUCUAUUUCUCUGUACAAUAUUUCGCUUGAUGUAUUAUUUUUAGUUCUGGUCUUUCUGAUUAUUUACUGUGAAUUCUUUUUGUCAAUAGCCAUUAUGAUAUGUCUCUACUUUCUUCCUAUUCUUCAUGAUUUGAUGUUACUAUUUUAUUUUUCUGCAAACCUGUGUUAAUUUUCUUAUUUAUGGCAAAUGAAUUUCUCGAUAAAAUAAAAUACAUACUUAUAAACAUACUUGUAGUUUGUCUUUUCACUUGCUUUCCUGAUGAAUUUGUGUAUGCAUAUUAUUUAUAAGACAUAUGUCUAUUCGACUCGUCAUGUGUGCAUUUAGCAUAAGAUUGGUGUUUUCGUAAUGGGUUUACACACCGAAUCAUUAGCGAUGAAUAAGGUUAUUAAAAUGGCAUGUUCGCUCCAGUUGAUGUUGCCGUAGUCCUUAUAAUAAUGUUUUAUGUUUUAUACCAAGCGAUCUGAAAAUAUCAAUAAUUACUGAUUUUUAAUUGUUUGCAGAAUGAAGGAUUAGAGAUCAAGCUUGAGCAGUUGAUUAGGUAAUCUUCGUGUGAAUACAGUUUCGUCAUAUUUUGGUAAAUUGCCGUAAUACGUAACAUGUAUUGUGUUAUACCGUAUAAUGAAGGAGUUGUAAUUUCUAUUAUUUGUAUAAGCUAAUCGGCGGCCUGCUUGAAUAUCUGGGCUACCUGUUCCCUCCCAUCUAGAUAUUUCGUCAAGUUAUCCGUUUUCGUGCGCGUUUACGAAAAGUUUACAACCUUUCGCUGUACGGAUUACAAAAAGGUACAACCAGAGACAUCAUGGUGGCUUGUAAUAUGCUUUGAAACGAAUGAACAUUAUUCAGAUGUCGAUUAUCGAACUCCUAACAUCUAAUUGGCCAGCACUCAAUAUUUAUCGUCAGGAUCGAUCAAGAUAUAAGCAAAAGAAACUUGUUAAAAUACUUUAUGCUGAGAAUUCAAUAGUGUACCACAAAUAUAAUGUUGAAUAAAGCAUAUAAUAAUAAUAAUAAUAGCUAAAAAAUUGCUGGACUGCUAAUUAGAUAUUAUCAUUGUAGUUUAGUGGUUUGUGGUAAG